AUGGAGGAUCUUUUAAUUACUGCUCAAACAAAUUGUGAUCUACGCGAAUCUGCGGAAAACAAAAUCAAAGAAUUAGAAGAAAAUCAGCCAGAACAACUUUUGUCUGAAUUGCUACAAAUUUUGAAUGAUUUUCACAAAGAUUAUCGCGCCCUAUCACUUGCAGCAAUCAUUUCAUAUCAAAUUCUACAAGUUAUGACAAUAGAAAAUAAUGGAUCAGAUAUAUUUUUCGAUGCUGUCCAAAAGUCAUUUAAUCUUCUUUCUCAUCCAAAUGACCAAGUUGCACAAUCUGCUUCACAAAUACUUGCAAUUGCAUCAUCACCAUUAAUACGAUCUAAUUUAGCUAAUAAUAUUAUUACUGAUCUAGUUUCAAAUCUCAAUACAACUAAUGAUCCAAGAAUUGUUCAUUUUAUUAUAACAUCGAUUGAAGGUAUACUCAAAGAAUGUUCUCUUGAAAGAGAACAAUCAAUACCAAUUUUCGAAUCAAUUUUACAAAUUUCAGACUCAAAUUUAUUUACAAAAGAUGUAAUUAGAGCUCUAACACUACUUUGCGAUGAAAUACCAAUUGUUAUUAACCAAGAAAAUAUUUUCAAUAAAAUUUUUGAAAUAAUAACUCAAUCAACACAAUCAAAAGAAUACAAGGCAGAAUCUUAUCGAUUCUGGUAUAAACUCAUCAAAAGUUCCUUUUCAGUUUUUGAAAUUUUUUUAGAUUUUCUUUUAUCCACAAUUGAAAGCGAUCUAGAAUCUUUCGAUCAAUUAGAACAGUCUACAAUUAUUAAUAUAUCAAUGAUUGUUGAAAGAAUUGCUAAAAUUCAGAUUUCCCAGCAAAAAAUAUUUAUAAAUUUAGAAAAAAUGUUCAAAAUUUGUCAAAAUCUUAUUAAUAUUCAUUUAUUAUCAACUCCAGAAGAAAAUCCACAAGAUGAACAAUGGGGAGUUUACCAAGCAUCUGGCAAUGCAAUAACAUCUCUUUGCAGAAGUUCAGGAGAUAAAAUUGGUCAAUUUUUAUUAGAAAAUAUUGAUAAUAUUUUAUCUAAUUUUGAUGAUGAGAAACACAAAGAAACUUGUUUAUUUUUAGCUAUAAAUUGUGUAGAAGAAAGCAUAUCAUUAUCAUAUGAUCAUUUCAUGACAAUUCUUUCUACAAUGUUUAAUAAUGAUUCUUGUUUGCGUGUUAUAUUUCAAUGUCUUAAUUUCAUUAUUGUUUUUGUAAAUAGAAACAAAAUUGGUCUUUCUGAUGAAGAAAAAAGUGGAUUAUUACAACUUGUAGAACCAGUAGCAUCAUUAUUAGAUUGUAAUGAUUUAUUUAUUAUUAAGAUUUCCUUGGCAUGCCUUUCUUAUUUGUCUGUUUUCGAAUUGUCUCCCAGAAAUGAAAUUAUGGAAUUAAUUUUGUCAAAAAUUAUUUGUGAUGAUGAAUUAGUAUCAAAUGGAGCAACAGAUGCCUUAGAAUUAUUUUUUGAUGUCACAGAGAGCAUUGAUUGUGCUUUAGCAUCUAUUCCUUUCCUUCUACAAGCAUAUAGAGAAAAAUCUCAAAAUGAAACAUAUUAUACAAAUAUUGCUGAUUCAAUUAUGUUUUGUGCAACAACUGCAAAAGUUGUCAUCGAAGAUUACGCGAUGGAUAUUAUUGAAGCGCUUAUUGAAGACAUAGAACAAUCUGAUACUAUAUUCGAAGUGAUUUGUUAUGUUUCAGGAUUUGUUAAUGAUAUAUCUCAAGAAUAUUUAGAAAUUCUUCAUAAUAUUUUCAUUAUUUCUCUUCAAAAUAUUGAAGAUGAGGAAGUUUACACAAGUAGAUGUAUGAAUUUACUUGAUAUAAUGAAAAAUAACAACUUUGCAAUAUAUAUUGAGAAUUUGGCCAACAUUUUAUUAUCAAAUGUUGGAACAAUUAGUCAAAAUAUUUCUAAUGAUUCUAUUUAUGUGCUUUCCAGAGCUGUUGAAUUAUUUCCCAAUCAAAUGGAACGUUUUAAUGAAUAUUUAAUCGAAAUUGUUAAAUCAUUUUUUGAAAAUUUUGAUCAAUCAGCAGAAAACCAAACAAUCUCAGUCAAUUUGAAUUUAUUAUCAGCACUGCUCUCAACACAUCUUGAUCUUUUUAUUAUGAUGAAAGAAUUCGUUUUUAGUAUCAUCGAAAAUUGCAAAGAAAUUGCAUAUGUGAGUGGAAUUGUUUGCAGUGAUUUAAUGAGUUUAUAUCGAGAUAUGAUUUUAUGUGACAAAGAUGUCGCAAAAGAAUUUAUUCUUUCUCAUGAUACUUUUUUUAAAAUCCUUUCAAAAUCAUUUCUUUUUAAUGAUGAUUGCUAUGAAAUUCGAAAUAAUUUGAUCUUCCUUUUAGAACAAAUUGAAAUAGAUGUAUCAGAGUAUGUGGAUAUCUCUGAAGAAGACGAAAAGGAUGUUGCGGAUUAA